CUCCUGUUAUGUUAUCCUCGUCACAGUCACACCAACGUUCAGUCAUGCUGAUUCAAGUCCAGUUUGUAAUUAUUAAGUAAAAAAAGGGUACUAAAAAUGAGUAAAUACCAAGCUAUGCAGGAAGGCCCAUAUGGUGUCCAAUAAUUUGUCGGCGUCGUGCUGAUUUGGAAAAUGAAUUGGGAAACUGGCUUGGGAGAAUCUAACCCAACAACCAAUAACGAGGCAGCCCAUUCUAGCGAAGCUUUUAGAUUGACCCAUUUACUUUUAUGUCAGUUCCUUUCAUUUCUCUCUUUUAUGAGCACGCCCAACAAACCGAAGGCAAAAGCACAAUUGCCAUAUCUUGGAAUGAAACUUGUUUGGAAAUCUUUCUGCGUGCACUCUCAAUAUGUCUCGGAUCUCCGAUCUGGACCAAAAACCUGAAGAAACUCAGAUUCAUUUAUAAAGGAAGGAAAUGCUAUUCCCACCAUAGACUGUCAAGGCGAGAUGAAUGUGAACCACUAUGGAGUAUGUGCUUAGGAACAUUAGGAAUGGAGGACGAGAGACUGUUACCGAUUGCAAAUGUGGGUAGGAUCAUGAGGCAAAUACUUCCUGCGAGCGCCAAGAUCUCAAAAGAAGGGAAGCAGACAAUGCAAGAAUGUGCGACUGAGUUCAUAAGCUUUGUGACAGAGGAAGCUUCUGACAAGUGUCACAGAGAGAAUCGCAAGACCGUCAAUGGGGAUGACAUCUGUUGGGCUCUCAGUGCCUUAGGGUUUGAUAACUACGCCGAGGCUAUUGCCAGGUAUUUACAUAAAUACAGGCAAGCUGAGAGGGACAAAAUAAUCAAUAAUCACAAAAGUAAAGCUCAUGCCCCACUAACACAACACGUGCUUGAAGACUCUUCGGCAAGAAAAUCAAGCUCCCAAGCCGAGAAGCAACGGCCUGAAAUUUCUGCUGCAUCAGAGAAUAGGGUUCCCGAAGACAAGCCUCCUGGACAAAUCAAUCUCGAUGAACUUACUUGAUAUCGUCUAAUUAAUUUCUGCUCCGAUAUUUGAAAGAAGUUGCAGAGCAAGGCCAUCUUUCUUGAAGCAAUUAUGCUUGGUACUGUAAUAGUGUGAGACUGUUUCUAGAGCGUGUGGUUAAUUAGGAAGCUGAGUAGUUCCUGAAGUGUCUUUCUCCCUCAAAUCCCUCCCGACCGAAACUUACUGAACAAAAUGCAGCUUCGAUGGAAAUUCUAUAUGAAUACGAUGAAAUGGUUUCCAGUGCGGGGAUUUAGCCACAGAUAAGGUAUCAGGUUGUCCUGGGGAACAAAAUAAUGGUGAAUUCCAAAUCCACCCAAGAAGUGAAUGUCAGGGUAUGGAAAACUGGCAUAUCAAUGUAAUAGGUUUUGUCGUUUUGGUUUCCUAACCCUAGAACCAGGGACCACUUCGUUUCGAUGCUUUACAUGUGCUUGAUAAAUCGUGAAAAUCGAAUCAUAUCUCAGGCAUGCUUCGCUUUUACUGUAUUCGA